UCUAAAUUUCGGUGGUUGAAUUAUUUGCAAUUUUCAUCCAAUCGCGCCAAACGCUGCGCAUUCCGCCACUUUCGAGAAACUGACACGAAGCGAAGCCACAUUUUUGCUGUAAAACUACUGAAAUGAGCGACUUGAAGGCCACAGCUGGUGUCCCCGAGGGCGAGGAGGCCAAUCCGCUGGAGCAAUCGACCAUAACGAUGCUGGAUGUCCUCGAGCAGGAAAAGGAGCUGGAGGACGAGUACGCAGCUGUGCUGGGAGCCUCCGACGAGAAGUCCUGCACGUAUGUGAAGGGCGCCAUUGGACGCCAGGCCCUCUACUCCUGCCUCACCUGCUGCCCCGAGGCCCGCGAGGAUCUGGCCAAGGCCGCAGGAGUCUGCCUGGCCUGCUCCUACCGCUGCCACGAGCACCACGAACUGGUUGAGCUCUAUACCAAGCGGAACUUCCGCUGCGACUGCCCCACCCAGCGGCUGGGCAAGUGCUCGCUGAAUCCACAGGUCGAGGGCGUUCAACCCCGGAACGACGGCAACCUGUACAACCAGAACUUCCAGGGGCUCUACUGCAAGUGCAAGCGACCCUAUCCCGAUCCCGAUCGCACUCUCGAGGAGGUGAUGCUGCAGUGCGCCAUCUGCGAGGACUGGUACCACUUGCCGCACAUGAAGGCGCCCGGUUCCAGCGAGAAGUGGCUGGAUGCCUGCAGCGAAAUGAUCUGCGACGGCUGCAUGGAGGCCAAACCCUUCCUGAGGGACUACACUGGACUGGCUCUGCAGCCCGUGGUGGAGGAUUCCAAGGAGGCAAAGCCGGAGGCUGAGGAUUCCAAGGAGGACAGGCCCGAGGCUGAGGAUAGCCAGCUGAAGAACGAGUUGGACCGCAGCAUCUGCGACAUCAUGAAAGUUGCUGAAGGCGAAUCUCAAGCGGAAGAGGGCGAGCCCAGCCAGAAGCGUCGCAAGCUGGAGGACUGCCGUCGUCCCAAAACAACCAAGGAACACCAGGGAGCCGCUUUCUGGACUAAUGACUGGCGCAAAUCGCUUUGCCAGUGCCCCGAAUGCCUGUCUCUCUAUAAAGAACACGGCGUGGAGUUCCUGCUGGACGCCGAGGACUCGGCAAAGACGUACGAGGAGCGCGGCAUGAAGCGGGCAGAGGAGAAUUCCAGCUAUGAGCAAGGCAUUCGGGCACUGGCCUCCAUUGACCGGACACAGCAAAUCGAUGCGAUUACCGAGUACAAUCGCAUGAAGGACAAGCUGAAGGAAUACCUGCAGGCAUUCGCCGCCAGCAAGAAGGUGGUCACUGAGGAGGACAUCAAUCGGUUCUUUGCCGGCAUGCGCAAUGAGAAUAAUGCCAACUUGGGUCAGCCCUAUUUCUGUCGCUAAAUAAUAAGCUCUCUAAAUUAUUAUACCGUAGGUCCUAAAUCAUUAUAGUAUUACCCACAUUCCCCCAUGAAAAGAGCACACACACAUACAGCAUGUAAAUUCUUAAGUUAUCAUUUAUUACAAAAAAUUAUAAUUUUUAAUUCACAUUUUUUCAAUAACGAAAAGUCAUAACAAGGCAUCGGGCAAUGAGAUUCGCAUUUCCCUCCAUAUGCUAUUUAGCCGAAAUAUUUAUGUACAAUGCGGUAAAAUAGAAGUUAUUUUGAAAUGGUAACCUAUCUUGAGAACAUUUUACAAAAGCUCUAAUUGGUUAAUUUCUGGUAUAUUUUAUGAAUAUAUGUACAUUAAUAAUUA